AUGGUUCGCAAGCUCAAACAUCAUGAAUCCAAACUGUAUGGUCACUUCCGCCUUGAUGUCAUUCUAACACCCGGCAGGCUAAAGAAGACGGAUUUUGUUACCUGGAAGCAAGAUCACGACCACCACGAUGCAGCAGUGAUACGGAGAUAUAUGAUCCAGGAUAGAGGAGACUAUCAGAAGUACAACAAGCUUUGUGGCUCGUUACGACAGCUCGCCCAUAGGCUCUCCCUUCUACCUCCAGAGAGUGCGACACGCCAAAAGCACGAGAAGCUUCUAUUAGAGAAACUCUACGACAUGGGUAUUCUCUCAUCGACUUCUAAGCUCUCUAAUGUCGAGCACGGCGUAACUGUUUCUGCCAUGGCUAGACGGAGACUUCCAGUCGUAAUGACCCGAUUACGGAUGGCCGAGACAGUCCAGGCUGCGACGACCAUGAUAGAACAGGGCCAUGUACGCGUGGGAGUAGAGUGUAUCACAGACCCUGCCUUCUUUGUUACAAGAAACCAAGAAGACCUAGUCACAUGGACAGCAAACAGCAAAAUCAAGCGGAACAUAAUGGCCUAUCGUCAAAAACUCGAUGACUUCGAGCUACUAUAG